AGUUUAUGGAUUUGUUUCCUGAAAAAGGAUAUGAAACUGUUACAGCACCUUCUAAAAUAUGAACAGAUAUUCAUCACCUUUCUCUUCUUUUUUAUGAUUAACUUGGAAAGACCUGACUGCAGCACAAAAGACAUAUUUGGACAUCCUAAUGCUCCUUGAGCAUAGACGAUCUUAGGUUCUCUGUACCCCACCAGUGUCACCUGAUCCCCUAGCAACCAGCAAGUGUAAGUGUCACAAAGAGACAGUCGGCAACUACAGGUACAUUACAGCUUCCAUGGCAACUCGGACGGAAAAGCUUGCCCAACCAAAACCAAACCACCUGAGACAUCCAGACCGUCGUUCGGUUUAUUGGCUGGAUCAUCUGCCACCAGUGAAGACUGGGUCCAUCACCAAAACUGAGUUAACCCCUCGCUGGUCGGAGCUGUGUAGGAAUAGAAAGUUCUGCACUCAAGUCACACUUUCUCCCACGUGGGAGGUGAGUGAGUGGGCUCUGCGGGCUGUUGCAUCUGACCGGUUGUGCAGUCUGGCUCAACCUCGGAUGCCUGCAGCUGAGUGGCAGCCGGACCGUCUGCUGCUGGUCCCUUUGAACAGAGCGACACAGACUGCAGUCCCCACAUCACGAAUUUGUCAGCUUGCCCAGCCAAGAAGAAGACUGAUUCUGGAGGGUUCUGGCCACAAAUCUAAACCUGAACCCAUCACCCAUAUACCCUACAGAGCAUCCGCACACAUAGAGCUACUCGCUACCCCAAAACAUGACCACACCAAGUUCAAAGGAGAACGCUCGGUGUACUGGACCGUCUCCAGAGCAGCGAGGAACCAUGUAGCCAGUGAGAGACUUGUUGAGCUCUCCAGUCCUAAAGAGAGGAAGGCUCUGUUUGAGGGAUACAACCCUUACUUAGUUAGCCGAGCAGCCCGCUCUGCCAGCCCCUCACCUUGGAUACAACAGCUCUCGCUGCCUCUGCCUCGCAAAUGUUGCUCAAAGAAGGAGGUUUGAAAUUUGGACCCUGAUGAAGUGUUGACUGAUCUGUUUUUCCCUCAUGGAAUAAAUAUACUUGGAAACUAUAA